GAAAUAACAGUAAUUCUGCUUGUUCAAUUUGGUCGCCUGUUUAACCACUACACGUUACUUGAUUGUGCUCUUUCAUCUCCGAGAUGUCGAAACAGGUGACUGUUUACGAAAAUGACAUCAAUAACUCCAAACUACCACCAAAGAACACGGAAUUCUUUACGAUCCGGUUCAUUUACGCCAACGGCCACCGGAGAUGGGCACAAGUGCGGUUUGUAGAGUUCGAGGACGACUUCUUGAAGAGCUCUAUCUCGUCCAUAGCCUGUUGUCACGAGGCUGUAGUGGACAUUUUCGACGCUGCCAUCGAUCGUGCCCACAGUCGAUGUUAUGGAGAGGGCAAAUGGCUGAAAACACAACGACAAAGCUUGUCGCAUGACUCACCGAUUGGUACUUGCUCAGGCGCAGAGCGAAGCGCUCUCAAGGCACUGGGUAUUGCGUGCGGUAACAAGCGGCCACGAGAUGCCGAUGUCACCUGCGAGAAAGAACGAGCUCGAGAGGCCACAGGAAGCAAACGACCUCGCGUAUCUGCGAGCAUCUACAAUACACGUGUCAAUGAAGAGCCUCAGCUUAUCAACGUCACUGAGACCGACCAUACGAACAGUGAGGUCUUUGUCAAACGACUACAGGAGUUGAAGGACGAAGUGCGCAACUUGCCGAAAUACAUACGCCCCGUUACGGAUACCUCUGAAAAAAGCGCCUCUCACAAGAGUGCCCUUCGAAACAGCAACAAAUACUGUGAAAACAGGACUGCAUUUGAGAAGAAGUCGGGCGACAUUUCUAAAUGUCUUGAUGGUUUGAUCGAAUCUGCGCCAUAUCUGCAAAAGGACGUUGACGAUGUGAAGGCUCUCCUCUCAGGCGCAGUUGAAACGGCGUGUUUCGUGGAUGUCGUGAGAAGCAAUUGUUGUUGUUGUUGUUGUUGUAUUUAACGCCGUGGCGGCCGGGCUAGAGCCCUUACCGCAGACCUCCCGAAGGGUAUAUGGCGUGGAGGGCC